AUGACCACGGAGUCCUCUUCUGUCUUCGUCACCGUGCGGGUGCGUCCCUUCUUGGCGUGGGAGGACACUGCCUGCUGCACCGCCACCGUGCAGGACAGCGCAACGAUUUCCGUCCUCGAUGUACCAGCGCUGAUCCCUGGCUCCGCGGCAGCUGGGCCGGCCGGCGGCGGUGGGCACACCAAUUCUGUGGUAGGGGGUGACGCCAACAGCGGUGGUCCUUCCUCCUCUUCUUGCUUCUCAGGCGGUGGCGGCGGUAAUACAGGGCGAAGCGUAGCCUUCUCCACUCCGUCUGCGCUCGACACGCUGCGGCAUUCCUUCUCCUUCGACAAAAUAUUCUGGAGUGUCGCUCCAACGGUGUUGCCAUUUCCACCGCUGUCGGUGCUAGAGGCGCUACACGGUAGCGACGCGGACGGCGCGACACACAGGAUUUCUGUACCAGGUCUCGUGCGGCCCACCUCAGCUCAAAUCGCUCUUCUCACGCAACACAGCACCAUCACCAAAUAUCUGCCUUGUUUCGCCGCUCCACCGGUUUACGAUGACCAGCAGCGAGUCUACGACUUUAUUGGACCCCGCAUGCACGACGCUGUAAUGUCGGGCUUCAACGCGUGCCUGUUCGCCUACGGCCAAACCGGCAGCGGAAAAAGCUAUAGCAUGAUUGGCCCCACCGAGGCCCUCUCUGCGGCGGUCGCGAACGCCAAGGGUGCUGCGUUGAGCACACGCGGCGGCAGCACGCCUAGCACAUCUGCGACGACGUCGACGACGAUAGCGAGCGCAGAGCGGGGUAUCAUGCCGCGCCUCUUCACCGAUUUGUUUCAACGCAUGCGUGAGGAGCGCGAAAAGGACGCGAGCGUCACCUUCACGGUCGAGGCAAGCUUCCUCGAAAUCUACUGUGAAAAGGUGCGCGAUUUGCUCGCAAUUGCGGCGUUGUCCGCGUCGAGCAGCGCGAGCUCCUUCAAAGCCUCGGCGAGCGCCGGCGGGUCGCUGCGCAUCCGCCAGCACCCCUCACAGGGUCCCUACGUGGAAGGGCUCACCCAUGUAAAGGUGCGAGAUGAGGAGAGCGUGCUCAGGCACCUCCUGAACGGUCUGCGCGACCGCGCGACGGCUGGCACGAACAUGAACGAGCACAGCAGUCGCAGCCACGCCAUCUUGCAGUUGCAGGUGACAAAGGUGCUUGCCGACACCGACGAGAACACUGGCACCGUCGUCACCCGCACGCGCAUCUCAAAGGCGACGAUGGUCGAUCUGGCCGGCAGCGAGCGGGUGUCACAGUCGGGCGUGUCGGGGGACCGCUUCGAGGAGGCAAAGAACAUCAACUUGUCUCUUUCAACGUUGGGCCGGGUGAUUCAGCAGCUCUCGGAGAAGCAGUCCGGCAAGCACGUCAUUCCCGCCUACCGUGACAGCGUGCUGACGUGGCUGCUCUCCGACAGCCUGGGCGGCAACAGCAAGACGAUCAUGCUCGCCACGGUGGCCCCGAGCGCGUACUGCUACCAGCAGACGCUGAACACGCUUCGCUUUGCCGGCGUGGCCAAGAAGGUCAUCAACGUCGCAUCGGUGAAUGAAGACCGUCACUUCCAGCAGCUCAUCGCAGAGCUUCGCCAGCAGAUCGUACGGCUCACGUUGCAGCUAGAGAGCGGAAAAGCAGCAGAGGUGCACCUCGAGAAGAUCGAAGCCCUCAAACACGAAAAGGAAGAGCUACUGCGUGUGAAUGACGCCCUCAGCGCGAAGGUGGUCGCGGCGGCGGACACAACGGUGCUGCAGGCGCUGCGGAAGCGUGUCAAGGAGCUGGAGAGCGAGAACGCGCAGCUGCGCGAGGAGGGGCAGUCCCUGCAGGAGCGCCUGCUCUCGAGCACCUCGACGUUGCGCGACGAGCUUGCCCAGCAGCGCACCGAGCUCAUUCGCGUCCGGGAGACGCUGUCGAAGAAGGAGGCCGAGCUGACGGAGUGGAGAAACCGCUAUCGCGCGCUUGUGCUGUCGACAACGUCGCCGAUGAUGAUCACAACGACUACUCCGACGCCCGGCGGAUAUGCUGUGAAGCGAGCAGCACCGACGGCGGUAGGCGCACACGCAGGCGGCGGCAGCGGCGUUUCAGCAAGUGAGGCAGCUGCAGCUGCUGCCUCUGCUACUACAGCACCCACCGAGAGCACCGAGGAGAUGGUCAGCGCGAAGGAAGCUCAACGCGCCCAGCAAAAGUUGCAGGAGGAAGUGAGGCAACUCAAGGCAAAACUGCUGAAAGGUACUCAGGCGAGCGCGGCGGCUCAGCGGGCCCAGCAGGAGAUUGCCGACACACACAAAGAAACCUCCACCGCGCUGGACGAGUACAAGGUACGCUAUGAGGAGAGCACGCGACAGCUCGACCUGCUCCACGAGCGUAUGCAGAGCACCAUGAGCCUUCUGGAAACGACGCAAUGCGAACUGGCCGCCAUUAAGAUGGGCAGUGCGAAGGAGUCUGCCCAAUCACGCGCCGUGGAGGAUGCGCUGGAGGCGACGAACGCCGCGAACACCACCGCCACCGCGCAGCUGCACCAAGCCCGCACGGACUACCUCGGCGAGAAGCAGCGCAACGUCGAGCUGCUAUUGCGUGUGGCGCAGGUCGAGCAGGAGCGGUCGGCGCUGAAGCGCACCGUGGCGGAGCGGGCGGCGGACACCUGCGAGCUAGAGCAGCUACUUCUUGAAGAAACAGAGAAUGCGGAGCGCUACUACGUGCGCAUGCGUUAUCACCGCUAUCGGAAUGAGUUGAUGCAGCGCUUCAUCGCACAGCUGCAACACCUGCAGCGCUUCACCGGCCAGCGUGCGCAGCGCGCUCCGGCGGCCGGCACGGAGUCGUCCGCGGUGCUAUCUGGGCAGCUCAGCAGCGAUGCUGCGAGGUUGCCCCACGCAGACGGCGGUGAUGGGUUAGAGGGUGGGGUCUCUUCACAGGAUGCGGGUAGAGUGCCGUCUCAGCACGGCGCUACCACCGCGCGCGCGCGAGCAACGGUUUCCGAGAAGCACGCUGCUGAGGCGGAAGCGGAGACGGCGAGAGUGUUGUCUGUCCAGCUGCUGUAUGCAUGUCAGAGCGAAGAAGCACAGGAUCGGGCGGCGGUGGAGCUGGAGUGCAUGCACGGCGUUCUCCGCUUCUUCUCUCAACGCGGUCGCCUACGACAGCUAGCCGCUAGUGCUCUGGCGGAAAAACUGGGAGAGGCAGAGGAGUCGCAGAGAACGUUGCGGGAAGAGUUGGUCUUCUACAAGCAGAAGGUGGAGGCUGCAGAGACGGAGUACGAGGAGGAGGUGUCACGGCAUCAGACGGACACCGCGGCGCUGCAGGUGGCAGUGAUGGAUCGACUGCGUCUCGAUCGAAAGGUCGCUGCGUUGGAGGAGGUGAAUUCGGAGUUGGAAGGCGUUCGUGAUUCGCUCAUUUCGAAGGUGGCCAGCUUACAGGAACAGCUACGCUCUUGGCAAGGUCGCUGCGCGGAGGCGGAGCGAGUUGCCGCGGAGGUGCAGGAUCUGUUCUUACCGGGCUCUUCGUCGACGGUGCUGAGCAGUCCGCUGGACGGAGGGGCCGCCGGAGCGAAGGAAGGUGACGAUGCACAGCAACAACAACUACCCCUGCAGAGUGCCUCUGCCGCUGUUCAACUCGACAAGGCUGCACUGACGAACAAGGCUCGUGCGGCGCAGACCGCCCUCGAGGCGAAGGCCGCCCUUGAGCAACAAUGCGAAGACUACCGCGUAGAACUCGGCGCCCUUCGCGCGCAGCUGGAGCAGAUCAAAUCCGAAAGGCAAGACGCCGCUGCUCAGCUUGCCCGUUAUGAACAGACUCUACAGCAAUCGGAGUCGCGCCACAGCGAGUCGAGUGUGCAGCUGCUGCACGAGAUCAGCACCAUCACCCGCGACUAUGAAUCUCGCAUCAAACAGCAGCAGACGAUGAUGCACACGCUGCGGCACGCGUUAGAGGAGGAGACGGCGAUGGCGGACCUGUGCCGGCAAUCCGCGCAGCGUGCCGAAGCGGCGCGACACACGCAGGAGGAGGAGCUUAUCACUGCGCGUGAGUCGUGCGAGGAGCUUCGCCGGCAGGAGGAACUGGUGUCGCACCGCUACCUCACACUACAGUCGGAGCUGGACCAGCUGCGUCUUCGCUACAAUGCACUGGAGCGUCGGCUGAUGGAGUGGCAGGAGAAGGAGCCGGAGUUGUACUUGUUGCUGGAGAAAGGCCUCGAGGAUGAUUCGACCACCUGGCUCGGCAAGGUGCGCAGCGAGAAACUGCGCUUGCAAAAGCAGCGAAGUGAGGCAAGGCGGCUAAACUCGGAGUUGCUGGAGCACGUGCGGGAUGGCAACACGCGUCUGCGCGACGUGCGGAGGCAGCUCACAGACGUGUCAUUAGGUGAGGAGAGUCAUCAGGAUCCCACUGUCGUUGUGAAGACGCCCUUGAGCGAGGACGACGAAGACGAGGAGGAGUUGGACAGAAGGGAGCGGAAACGCAGCGAUCGUCGUUUCUCGCAACUUAGGUGA